UGACCCAGGCAGGCUGGUGGGGACACAUCCCCAAGGAGGGGGACAGGAGGUGCAGAGCACCCGCUGAGCCCCCCAGGUGUGGGUGGUGGAGGCUGGGACCUCCAUCCUGCAGGUUUGGGGUGCUGUAGCUGGCCCAGGCAUCAAACCCUGCCAAGGCUUUGUGUAACUGAGGUGUUGAAGCUGGUGCGGAGGCAGAGCAGAGAGAUUCCCAUUGUUGCUGUCUCUCAGUGUCAGUGUGAGCUGGCACAAAGCAACACGGUUGCUUAGCAAAGGUAUCCAUCCCAUCCCAGCCCUCACCUGGGCUAUGGGAAUUCCUGCUGCUGGUGCACGAGGAUGGGCAAAGAGGGCCCUUAAUAAUUAAGAAAAGGCACUGGAUGGGGUUUUCCAAUCUGGGGUGGCCAAGCUGGGGGGGCUUUGGCAGAGAUGUGUAAUUGGAAAGAUGAUCUAGGCAGUCAUCUGUCUCCAGCUGAGCAUGAUGAGGCUGUAAUUCUCAUGAAGGGCAGAGGAUUUGCUCUUCUUUCAUUGGUAUUCCUAGAAUCCACGGUGAGGACCGGUCUGGCCUAUUUAACAGAAAGCAUAUGAUGUUAUUUAGUGGGAUUAAGAGGUUUGAGGGAUCCUAAUUUCCCGUGGGGGAUGCAGAGAUGGUCGGUGCAGGGCAGGAGAGCCGGUGGUUCGAUGCUGAUGGGGUUCUUCUUCUCCGUGGAUGCUGCCCGUGGCUGUUCACACCCCAAACAGCACAGGAGAACAGCCCAGCAAACCCAACAGUUGCCGAAGCAGCAAUAGGAAGAGCUUAGUGGUGGGCACCCCCUCUCCGACCCUCUCACGGCCUCUCUCCCCUCUCUCUGUACCUACAGCUGGGAGCAGUCCCUUGGACAGCCCACGGAACUUCUCUGCCAGCACCUCCAUCAACUUCCCCUUUGCUCGCAGCCAUGCUCCUCGGACUGACAGGGCUGAUGGCAGAAGGUGGUCACUGGCUUCGUUACCCUCCUCUGGCUAUGGGACCAACACCCCCAGCUCCACGGUCUCGUCAUCUUCAUCCUCCCAGGAGCGCCUGCACCAGCUGCCGUACCAGCCCACCCCCGACGAGCUGCAUUUCCUUUCUAAGCAUUUCCGCAGUACGGAGAGCGUCACGGACGAGGAGGGCAGGCACUCGCCCUGCCUGCGCCCACGAUCCAGGAGCCUCAGCCCCGGACGGACGAGCGGAACGUUUGAUAAUGAGGUGGUGAUGAUGAACCACGUCUACAAGGAGAGGUUCCCCAAGGCCACAGCCCAGAUGGAAGAGCGCCUGCAGGACACCAUCACAAACUUCUCCCCGAGCAGCACCCUGCCCCUGGCUGAUGGGGUGCUGGGCUUCAUCCACCACCAGAUCAUCGAGCUGGCCCGAGACUGCCUGGCCAAGUCCCAGGGAGCUCUCAUCACCUCCCGCUACUUCAUGGAGCUGCAGGAGAAACUGGAGAAGAUGCUCCGAGAUGCUCAGGAGCGUUCUGAGAGCGAGGAGGUGAAGUUCAUUGAUCAGUUGGUGAGGAAGCUGCUGAUCAUCAUCUCCCGCCCUGCCCGACUUCUGGAGUGCCUGGAGUUCGACCCAGAGGAGUUUUAUCAUCUCCUGGAAGCUGCAGAAGGACACGCCAAGGUUGGACAAGGAAUAAAGACCGAUAUUCCCCGAUACAUCAUCAGCCAACUGGGGCUCGUCAAGGACCCACUGGAGGAAAUGGGGCAGCUGGAUCACUUUGACAGCGGGAACACCAUCACACCGGAGAACGAUGACACCUGUGAGAACCAGACUUCGCUCGCGGUCCCACGGAGGAAGCCCUGCGAGGGGGACUUUGAGACCAUCAAGCUGAUCAGCAAUGGGGCUUAUGGGGCCGUGUACCUGGUAAGGCACAGGGAGACACGGCAGCGCUUUGCCCUGAAGAAAAUCAACAAGCAGAACCUUAUCCUGAGGAACCAGAUCCAGCAGGUGUUCGUGGAGAGGGACAUCCUCACCUUUGCUGAGAACCCCUUUGUGGUCAGCAUGUUCUGCUCCUUCGAGACGAAGCGACAUCUCUGCAUGGUCAUGGAGUAUGUGGAAGGGGGGGAUUGUGCCACCUUGCUGAAGAACAUGGGCCCACUGCCCGUCGACAUGGCCAAGAUGUACUUUGCUGAGACGGUUCUUGCACUGGAGUAUCUCCACAACUACGGCAUCGUCCACCGGGACCUCAAACCUGACAAUUUGCUGAUCACCUCCAUGGGCCACAUUAAGCUGACAGACUUUGGUCUGUCCAAGAUCGGCCUGAUGAACAUGACCACGAACCUCUACGAAGGGCACAUGGAGAAGGACACGCGGGAGUUCAUGGACAAGCAGGUGUGUGGCACUCCAGAGUACAUUGCCCCCGAAGUCAUCCUCAUCCAGGGCUACGGGAAGCCCGUGGACUGGUGGGCCAUGGGCAUCAUCCUCUACGAAUUCCUGGUGGGCUGCGUCCCCUUCUUUGGAGACACCCCCGAGGAGCUCUUCGGGCAGGUCAUCAGUGAUGAAAUUAUGUGGCCGGAAGGGGAUGAGGCUCUCCCUGCAGACGCCCAGGACCUGAUCACACGGUUGCUGAGGCAGUGUCCCCUCGAGCGCCUGGGCACUGGAGGUGCACAUGAGGUGAAGCACCAUUCCUUCUUCCUCCAUCUGGACUGGAACGGGCUGCUGCGGCAGAAGGCCGAGUUCAUCCCCCAGCUGGAGUCAGAGGAUGACACCAGUUACUUUGACACUCGCUCUGAGAGGUAUCGUCACUUGGAUUCAGAGGAUGAGGAAACCAACGACGAGGAAUCGUCGGUGGAGAUCGGGCAGUUCUCCUCCUGCUCCCACCGCUUCAGCAAGGUGUACAGCAGCUCAGAAUUCCUGGCGGUCAACUCUGCCCUCAGCCUCUCCUCCUCUGAGCGGAGUCACUGCGAUGACAAAGAGGAGCGGUGGGACCGGCACUCGGGAGACGAGGACAGGAGCAGGCCAGCGGGCACUGAGCCCCGCCUCCGCUCCUGGACGUCCGGCAGCUCCACGCCGUACAGCUCCCGGCACGAGCGGAGCCGCAGCCCCACCGCGCUGCCCAGCACCCUCAGCCUGGACACCAUGCCCAAGUUUGCCUUCUCCUCGGAGGAUGAGAGCCCUUGUGUGGCAUCCUCCAAGCCAGAGAGACCCAAGUUUGUGGUGGGAGACUCGGACGCGGGGACUGGCGGCGCGGUGAAGCAGUCGGCGUUAUCCGCCGAUCUCGUCAGCCUGAACCGCAUCCGCCUGCGGAGCAACAGCACCGGCACCAAGAACUCGACUCCCCGGAGCCUGGAGCCGAGCGGGGGCCGCCGGCUGAGCACCCAGAAGGAUGUGCCGGAGAGGCAGAGAGCCUCCCUGGGCAGCCGUGUGCCCAAAUCUGCCUCCGUCUCAGCCCUGUCCCUCAUCAUCACCUCAGAUGACUUCGGUGGAAGUGCCCUGAUGAGCCCCAUCUCCCCUCACUCCCUCUCAUCCAACCCCUCUUCCCGGGACUCCUCCCCGAGCCGAGACUCCUCUCUGGCCAUCGCCAGCCUGCGGCCGCCCAUCAUCAUCCACAGCUCGGGGAAGAAGUACGGCUUCACCCUGCGCGCCAUCCGCGUCUACAUGGGCGACAGCGACGUCUACACCGUCCACCACAUGGUCUGGAGCGUGGAGGAGGGGAGCCCCGCGCAGGAGGCCGGGCUGAGGGCGGGCGAUCUCAUCACACACGUGAACGGCGAGUCCGUGCUGGGUUUGGUCCAUCGGGACGUCGUGGAGCUGCUGCUGAAGAGUGGGAAUAAAGUGGCCCUGCGGACCACUGCCCUGGAAAACACCUCCAUUAAAAUCGGCCCUGCACGGAAAAACAGCUCCAAGACAAGGAUGGCUCGGAGGAGUAAAAAAAGCAGGAAAAGGGAUGGCCAAGACAGCAGGAGGAAAUCCCUUUUCAAGAAGAUCUCCAAGCAGUCAUCGGUCCUGCACACCAGCCGCAGCUUCUCCUCCGGUCUCCAUCACUCACUGUCCUCCAGCGAGAGCCUCCCGGAGUCCCCCACGCACAGCCUGUCCCCGGGUCCCACGACGCCGUGCCGCAGCCCCGCUCCCGACCUGCCCUCAGAUGCUGUGUCCCCUCAGAGCACCUCUCCCUCCUCCAGCACCCCAACGUCACCCGCAGGCCACGUGCGCCCCAGCUCCCUGCACGGGCUGGCCCCCAAACUGGGUGGGCCGCGCUACAAAGUGGGACGUCGCAAAUCCACCAGCAGCAUCCCCCCCUCGCCCCUGGCCUGCACCCCUUCCUCGGCCCAGCGCCCGCCUUCCCCCCAGCGCUCCCCAUCUCCGCUCCACGGGUACCCCAAAACCCCCCAUUCCUUCCAGGGCAAGACCCUGUCCCCCCCCACCAUCGUCCGGCAGAGCUCCCGGCCCCGCAGCGCCGACUGCCCCCGCUCCCCCCUCCUCAAGCGCGUCCAGUCGGCCGAGAAGAUCGUCACCAUCCUGGCCGAGAAGAAAACUGGCGGCGGCCGCAACCCGCAGAUCGCGGUGCAGGGCUCGGAGAGCGACGAGCAGGAGCCGGCGGUGGCCGAGUGGGAAUGCCAGGGCUCCUACCCCAUCAGCAGCUCUGAGCAGCCCAACAGCAGCAUCUCCUUGCCCUGGUGGGAUGGGUGCGAGCACCGGGACCGUGGCUCCCAGCAGCAGCGGAACUGCGGGCAGGGAUCACCCGGCCACUGGCAAGUGGCAGCACAGGGCCAGGAGCCGCCGGGUGCUCAUCUCCCGGCUCCCCGGGGCAUGUGGAGCGGGGCCAAGCACCCCUGAGCCCCACACUGGCACCAGGGAUGGUUCAGGCUCCCUGUGGCAUCCCAGUGCCUCCCCAGCACCCCGUCCUGUGCGGCAAAUCCAUGAGAGAAACGUCCCCGGAGCCGCUCUGGACCCUGGCCGGGCCAGCUGUGCCCCGGCACUUUGCCCCCCUGGAAGGCUUUUUGUACUCCCUGAAAGAUGCUCAUAUUUUUAUAGAGACGCAGGAGCUUUUCCGGCAGAGGCGUUUCCCCAGCUGGGCCCCAACCUCUGUGUACAGAAAGGACUUGAUGCAAAUAUUCCUUAAUUAAUUUAUUACUUUUUAUAAGCUAAACGGGCAGUGCAGGACUGUCGCAGGGGCCAACCCAGCUCUGGGAGUCCCAGCCUUUCCCGUGCGUCUCCCAGCUCCCAGCCCACUGUUUUCUAACCCACUUGCUUUUCCCUACUUUUUAACUUCAAUUCUAGCUGGAAACUCCCCGGAUCUCCUAAGAACCCCAUAAUUCUAAUAUUUAAAAUUAAAAGAAAACCCCAAAUCCACAGCAACAUCCCCCAAAUGCUGGGAUGCAGAGAUGGGGGAUAUUCUUUGCAUAUGGAUCAUCAUAUGAUGAGCAUACGGAUCAUUUUAUAAGCUUAUAGGAGAUAUAAAAAGGGUUUAAUUAUUUUAUUUGGAGAUUUUACAGCCACCUGGCUCCAUUGGCCCUUCCAGGUGGGGAAGACAGACGUUCCCCAGAUGGGAAUAUUAAUGGGAUUUUUAGGGUCAGUUUUUGCUCUUUCCAUUCCUCUCACACAAAAUCCCAUGGUGUUGGUUGGUCAGUGCACAGAUACCUACAAAAUCCCAAUUUAUCUUUUUUUUUUUUUUUUUUUUUUUUUUUUUAAGUCUCUCCAACCCAGUGAGCACCUGUGCUGCUUCACUUGUAAUUUGGGAAUUUCAUCCCUUUCUUUCCCCCUCCGUUGCUCUUUAUCCAACAAACGACAGCUCGACCCAGCAUUUCCUCCCCAUUUCUACCGUUUUCUGGGAUAUAAAUGUUUCCAUUUGUUGAUGCAUGUUCCGGUUUUCCCCCUGCCCGCCGUGGUUUGGUGCCGUGGUGCUCCGAGCACCGUGACGGUGACAGGGGGGACAUCCCUAGUUUGCCGACCCCGCUGCCACCAGGCAUCACCGUGCCCCCGGUGGAUUUUUGGGCUGCGUGUUGGAUUCUUUUGUGCACGUGUGGUUUGUGCCAGGCUCCGUAUCCCGCUUCUCCCGUUCAACUGGUGCUGUUAAACCCCCCAAAAACGAGCAACCAGAGCUGCUCCGUGUUUCCUUUGCUUCUCCCUCCUCUCUCUGUAUUAAGGUCUCGGAAAGGCAGCGGGGUUUUGGGGAGACACCGGGCACCCCCUGCCCACUGGCACGGCGGGAUGGGGGGGAUUGGCUGCGCCCCAGUGGCGUGGAUAGGGUGGGAAGAAGAUUUUUUUAAUGGGAAAUGUCUUAAAAGCCAAGGGGACUGUGUCUUCCUGCUCAGUGCCCGGCUCUGUUCGUACCUUCGGGAAGUUUUAUGUUGGAUUAAAAUCGUUCCUUGCGCUGA